AUGGCUCCCAAGCAACGUGUUAUUCUCGACACCGACCCCGGUGUCGACGAUGUGCUGGCUCUUCUUCUCGCCCUCAGUGCCUCACCCGAGGAGCUUGAGCUUGCUAUGAUCUCCGUCACUUAUGGCAAUGUUCCGCUUCAGAGCUGUCUCCGUAACGUCGUGGCACUGUUCCACGUGCUGGAAAAAGAGAUGAAGUGGCGCGAGGAGACAGGCAAGAGCACUCGCGGCUUCGGUGCCCUCAACACCCAUAAACCCAUUGUCGCCGUUGGCCCGGAGCACGCGCUGGAGGAUGAGAUCCUCGCGGCCGACCACUUCCAUGGUGCCGACGGUCUACAUGGUGUCCACGAGAAGCAACCUCAUCUUUCCCCUGCCGACACCUGGCGCUCUCUUUUCAGCGACGAAGAGCCCCAGGGUGAAAAAGUUGAGCCUCCUUCGUACUCCAAGUACUUCACCCCAAGCAAGGCUCCAGCGCACAAGGAGAUUCUCCGUAUCCUGAAGGAAUCGCCCGAGAACACCGUCACCGUCGUUGCCGUUGGUCCCCUGACAAACGUGGCGCUGGCCGCUGCUGAGGACCCCGAAACCUUCCUGCGCGCCAAGGAGCUGGUUGUCAUGGGUGGUGCUGUAAACGUCGAGGGCAAUGUGACCCCCGUCGCCGAGUUCAACUGCUUCGCCGAUACCGUUGCCGCCGCCCGCGUCUACGCCCUGACCUCGCCCAACCCGAUCUCGACCAUGCCCCCCGUCAUCCACGGCAAAUCUUUUUUGCCCCCUUACCCCGCCAAGCUUUCCAAGCAGCUUAAGCUGACCCUUUUCCCUCUUGAUAUCACCACCCCGCUCGAGCUGAGGAAAAAGUACUUCUACGAGACCAUCCAGCCCAUCACCAAGUCCGGCAGCCCGCUUGCGCUGUGGAUCGAGACCUUCAUGACAGGCAUCUUCAACAAAGUCGAAGCCAUGCUUGGCGACGGCAGUGAGCCCGGUCUGUCUCUCCAUGACCCGGCGUGCAUUUGGUACAUGCUGACCCAGGAUGACCCCGCAUGGGAACCCGUGGCGAAGCCGGAAGAUAUCAGAAUUGAGACCUCCGGCCAAUGGACCAGGGGCAUGCAUGUCGUCGACAGACGACAGAGGGCGAAGCCGGGUGAGCAGUCAAGCAUGGUGGAGACGCAUCCGUCAGAUCCUCUGGAUGCGACCACCUUUGACGAUGUCCCCGGAGACGACAUGGGCUGGCUAAGCGUGAACAAGGGAAACAGAAUUAACAGGAUGGUCAAGACCCCCGGCGACGAGAAGUUUGCCGCCAUCCUGAUGGAUAGACUCUUUGGUUAA